AAGAAGGAAAAUAUAUAAAUUAGCAUCCUGACUCGGUUACUCUCACGCAAACUCAUUGAGCUGACUAAUCCCAAUGGAGAUAGCCCCCGCGGUUCCGCCUUCUUCUUCCCUGGGCGAUGAAAUCCCCACUUCUUCCGCAGAGGAUGCUAUAGCAGACGGCGUAAAGCCUUCGCCAUCCACGUCUUCCUCAUCAUUGGAGAAGGAUGAAAAAGCGACGUCAUCUACGGCGUCAACGGUGUCGUUGGCCGCGUUGGCUUCGAAAUAUGGUCCCGAUAUGGAGGAGGAGGAAGAAGAGGAAGAUGUUUGUAGGAUCUGCCGGAAUCCGGGAGAUGCUGGCAAUCCGCUUCGAUACCCCUGCGCUUGUAGCGGCAGCAUAAAAUAUGUCCACCAGGAUUGCCUUCUUCAGUGGAUCAAUCACAGCAACGCUCGCCAAUGCGAGGUUUGCAAGCAUGCGUUUUCUUUCUCCCCUGUGUAUGCUGAGAAUGCCCCAGCAAGGCUUCCUUUUCAGGAGUUUGUUGUUGGGAUGACAAUGAAAGCUUGUCAUGUUAUGCAGUUCUUUUUGCGUCUUAGUUUUGUGCUUUCUGUCUGGCUUCUCAUAAUACCUUUCAUUACCUUUUGGAUAUGGCGGUUGGCAUUCGUCAGGAGUUUUGGCGAAGCUCAGAGAUUAUUAUUAAGCCAUGCUUCUACCACAAUCAUUCUUACUGGUUGUUUGCAUGGAUUCCUACUUUCUGCUAGCAUUGUGUUUAUUUUUCUUGGAGCAACUUCUUUGAGGGAUUAUUUUCGACAUUUGCGAGAGCUUGGAGGACAAGAUGCUGAUAGAGAAGAUGAAGGGGAUAUGAAUGGUGCUCGUGUUGCUAGGCGACCCCCUGGACAAGCUAAUUGGAAUUUUGCCGCUGAUGGUAAUGGUGAAGAUGCUGUUGGAGCACAAGGUGUUGGUGGAGAUGGUCAAAUGAUCAGAAGGAAUGCUGAAAAUGUGGCAGCUCGUUUGGAAAUGCAUGCAGCUCGUCUUGAAGCUCAUGUUGAACACAUGUUUGAUGGUCUGGAAGAUGCUGAUGCUGCUGAGGAUGUACCUUUUGAUGAGCUUGUUGGCAUGCAGGGUCCUGUUUUUCAUUUGGUUGAGAAUGCAUUCACCGUUCUAGCCAGCAAUAUGGUAUUCCUUAGCGUUGUGAUUUAUAUGCCUUUUACACUUGGCCGCCUUAUUCUCCUUUAUGUAUCUUGGCUUUUCUCUUCUGCAAGUGGUCCAGUGUUGUCAGCAGUCAUGCCAGUGAUAGACACUACCCUUUCCUUAGCAAAUAUCUCAUUGAAGAAUGCAUUAACUGCAGUUACAAAUUUGACACCUGAAGGCCAAGGCAAUAGCAUACUUGGUCAAGUUGCAGAAAUCUUGAAUGCAAACUCUAGUGCAGUAGGUGAAAUUUCAAGCAACACAAGCGCACCAUUUUCAGCAGAUGUCUUGAAAGGAGCAAGUAUUGGAGCAUCAAGGUUGUCUGAUGUUACAACUCUUGUUGUUGGAUAUAUGUUUAUAUUCUCUUUAGUCUUCUUCUACCUGGGUGUUGUCACCUUGAUUAGGUACACUAGGGGCGAGCCUUUGACAAUGGGGAGGUUGUAUGGAAUUGCUUCGAUAGUUGAGACAAUUCCAUCCCUGUUCAGGAAAUUCCUGGCGGCAAUGAGGCAUUUGAUGACAAUGAUUAAAGUUGCUUUCCUCCUUGUAAUUGAGCUUGGGGCUUUUCCUUUGAUGUGUGGAUGGUGGCUAGAUGUAUGCACUAUAAGGAUGUUUGGGAAAUCAAUGUCUCAAAGGCUUCAGUUCUUCUCAUUCUCACCUUUAGCUAGUUCAUUGGUUCAUUGGGUUGUUGGAAUUGUGUACAUGCUACAAAUAAGCAUCUUUGUCAGCCUUCUUCGAGGGGUUUUACGCAAUGGUGUUCUAUACUUCCUACGAGACCCAGCUGAUCCAAACUACAAUCCCUUUCGUGAUUUAAUUGAUGAUCCUGUAAACAAGCAUGCUCGGAGAGUCUUGUUAUCAGUUGCAGUUUAUGGAAGUUUGAUUGUAAUGCUGGUAUUCUUGCCAGUCCAGCUUGCUAUGAAGAUAGCACCAUUUAUUUUCCCACUUGAUAUAUCGGUUUCUGACCCAUUUACUGAGAUCCCAGCUGAUAUGCUUCUCUUUCAAAUAUGCAUUCCAUUUGCCAUUAAGCAUUUUAAAUUGCGGACAACAAUCAAGUCUCUUCUCCACUAUUGGUUUACUACCGUUGGCAGAGCAUUAGGCUUAACAGAGUUUUUACUUCCCAGACCUGAGGAGAAUGGUGGCCAGGAAAAUGCCAAUGUGGUACCCGGUCAACAGGAUAGACCACAAGUUGUGCAACUAGGUGGACAGGAACAGGCCAUGGUUGCAUUUGUUGCUGAUGAUGAUCCAAAUAGAGGUCUUCUCGCAUCAGGGAAUUCUAAUGUCGUGGAGGAGCUUGAUGGGGAUGAACGAACUGAUUCAGAGUACGGCUUUGUUCUCCGCAUUGUUCUCUUGCUGGUGGUCGCCUGGAUGACAUUGCUAAUCUUUAACUCUUCCUUGAUAAUAGUACCGAUAUCACUUGGACGAGCUCUUUUCAACGCCAUUCCUCUUCUCCCAAUAACUCAUGGCAUUAAGUGCAACGACCUCUAUUCUUUCGUCAUUGGUAGCUAUUUCAUUUGGACUGCCAUAGCUGGGGCUAGAUACUCCAUUGAGCACAUUAGAACAAAGAGGGCAGCGGUUAUAUUUGGUCAAAUUUCCAAGUGGAGCACGAUAGUCAUCAAGAGUUCCAUGCUCUUAUCAAUAUGGAUUUUUUUCAUUCCUGUUCUUAUUGGCCUCCUUUUCGAGCUUUUGGUGAUUGUGCCAAUGCGGGUUCCUGUAGAUGAGAGCCCAGUUUUCCUAUUGUACCAGGAUUGGGCAUUGGGUCUCAUUUUUCUUAAGAUCUGGACUAGACUGGUUAUGCUGGAUCAUAUGAUGCCAUUGGUAGACGACAGCUGGCGAGUGAAAUUUGAAAGGGUGAGAGAAGAUGGAUUUUCUAGACUGCAGGGCCUUUGGGUGUUGCGGGAGAUCGUAUGUCCCAUUAUAAUGAAGCUGCUGACAGCCUUGUGUGUACCGUAUGUACUAGCCCGAGGCGUGUUUCCGGUGCUCGGCUACCCAUUAGUAAUCAAUUCAGCCGUCUACCGCUUUGCAUGGCUAGGAUGCCUUUGCUUCAGCUGCUUGUGCUUUUGUGCGAAGAGAUUCCAUGUCUGGUUCACAAACCUCCACAAUUCUAUAAGGGAUGACCGAUAUCUUAUAGGUCGUCGACUUCAUAAUUUUGGGGAGAACUCAGAAGAGAAUCAAAGCAAGGCAGGGGGUUGCUCGGAAGCACAGAUUUAUAAUCCACGGGGAACUGCAAUAAUCCAGCGUGACUGAGAAGAUGUGGGAUUGAGACUAAGGCGUGCUAAUUGAAAUGAGGAGGAUGAUAAUAUAUGUUGGAAUGUGCUUCGAAAGCUUGCAUGCAUUAUUGAAAAGAUGGUGUAGAACGACGUUGUAGGUAGUGUUUUUGAAUGUAGCCAAUGCAGUACUGGAUUGAGCGUA